CACAACAUGGAAAGCUCUAGAUUAGUUUCGAUAUUCUUCUUCGUUUACACGAUAGUCCUAUCGAUUGGUUCGAUCAUCUGCAAAGACAGCAACAAUCUCGUAACGAACCAAGCCGCUCUGUUCGUGUUCGGAGAUUCUCUGUUUGAUGCUGGAAAUAAUAAUUAUAUCGACACUUUCUCAAGGUUCCGGUCUAAUUUCUGGCCAUACGGCCAAACAACGUUCAAAUCUCCCACCGGAAGAAUCUCCGACGGACGUUUGAUUCCUGAUUUUCUUGCGGAGUACGCUUGGUUACCGUUGAUCCCGCCAAAUCUACAACCAAGUAACGGUAAUAACCAAUUUACCUAUGGGGUAAAUUUUGCUUCAGGUGGUGCCGGAGCUUUGGCCGGAACCUUUCCCGGAAUGGUGAUAAAUUUGGAGACACAGUUAAAUAACUUUAAGAAUGUUGAGAAGAGGUUGAGAUCAGAGUUAGGAGAUUCAGAGGCUAAGAGGAUUUUUUCAAGAGCUGUUUAUCUAUUUCAUAUUGGAGCCAACGACUAUAUUUAUCCCUCCUUAAUUGCUAAUUCUUCAACUUUCCAAUCCAAUUCGAAAGAGAAGUACUUCGAUUUUGUUAUCGGUAACACAACUGAUGCAAUCAAGGAAGUGUAUAAAAUUGGAGGAAGAAAGUUUGGAUUCUUAAAUUUGGGAGCGUACGAUUGUGCACCAGCUUCAUUGAUUAUAGACAGAACAAAGAUAGGUUCUUGUUUCAAGCCACUCACCGAGUUGAUCGAUCUGCAUAACAAGAAGUUUUCAAAUGUUUUAAGGCAGUUGGAACGUGAACUAUCCGGAUUCAAAUACGCCCUUCACGAUUAUCACGCUUCUCUAUCCGAAAGAAUUAACAAUCCUUCAAAAUACGGGUUUAAGGAAGGGAAAAAGGCAUGUUGUGGGACUGGGCCAUUGAGGGGAAUCAAUACAUGUGGAGGUCGAGUUUUGGGACUAGCACAAGGCUACGAGUUAUGUGAAAAUGUUACGGAUUACUUGUUUUUCGAUUCUUUCCACUUGACAGAGAAGGCUCAUCUACAGAUCGCAGAGCUUAUUUGGAGCGGACCGUUGAAUGUUACCGGACCUUAUAAUCUCAAAAUCCUGUUUGAAUUGAAGUAGUUUUUUGUCGAUAUAUACAUAUUUAUUGGUUUGGAAAUAAAAGACGGACGAGGUUUCUAUU